AUAGUCCCGGACCUUCUAAUCUCUAUCAGCAGAGCUCAUUUGUUUAACUGACAUCGAGCUGCAGAUGGUUCAAUAAUUCACACAAUCCACAAAAAAACUUUUAUUUUCCCUCUGCAGCCUGAAUGGUUCUGAAGACGCCGGAGAGCUCAGUAGACGUGAUUCUGACAGCUGCCCCUGCUCAAUCCUGUCACGAUGAAAGUAGCAGCCUUCAACAUGAAGAACCUGGGAAUGAAAAAAGUCACCGACAAAGAUGUCAGCAAGUACCUUAUCAAGAUUAUUUCUCGGUACAGUGUGGUGGUGAUACUGGAGGUGGUGGAUAAAAGUGGCAAAGCCAUGGCCCUCCUACAGGAAAAACUUAACAACACUGGGAAAAACAGACAACAUCCCUACACCAUGAUCGCCAGCAGCCAGCUGGGACGGCGCUCCUACAAGGAGCAGUAUGUUUGCUUCUACAGAGAGGACGAAGUGACACUCAAAGACCAUAUGCAGUAUGAAGACAAUCAAGUUGGAGAUGAGGAUGCCUUCGCCAGAGAGCCCUUCAUCCUGCGCUUCAGCUGUCCCACCACAGUUGUGAAAGACCUGAUCCUGAUUCCAGUCCACACCAAGCCAAAGGAUGCACAGAAAGAGCUGGAUGAGCUUUAUGAUGUGGUGCAGCAUGUCAGGAAGAAGUGGAAAACUGACAACAUUAUGCUUUUAGGGGACUUCAAUGCAGAUGGACGAUAUCUCUCCCAAAAAAAGAAGGAAAGCAUCCGUAUCUACUCUGCAGCGUUUCACUGGCUGAUAGACGAUGAUGUUGACACCACAGCUAGCAACAACAAUGACAACACCUAUGACAGGAUCGUGGUGUAUGGAGACACCAUGGAGGAAGCCAUCGUCGCCCGGUCUGCCAAUGCAUUCAACUUCCAGAAAGCAUUCAAGCUCACUGAUGAAGAGGCUCUCAACAUCAGUGACCAUUACCCUGUGGAGGUGGCACUGAAGGCCCAACCAGCAGCAAAGAGGAAGCAACAACAGCCAGCUGCAUCCAAGACACCAACAAAAAGAAGACGUUAGGACAUGCACCAAAUUGCUAUUUCAUUAACUUGCCAUGUUUACUCUAAGAGGCUUCAUUAAUUUAAACUGGACUGCUGGAGCUCAGUAAAGGUUCUGCUGUAUUUCAGUUAUCAGUUUAGAAAUCUUCUUGUAAUAAAACAACCAUCAUUCAAUGAUAAAAAAAUAUCUUUAAAAAAAAGAAAAAACUUGUUUUUCCUAUUAGUCAUAAGAAUCCUGACAGUUUAU